AUGCCCCAUCGUACCAUGCGUCUCCCUCGCAUCCCAGACUUGAGUCUCCCAUCUUUUCGAGAGCUCGACGAGUCUGUCGAAGCCAACAAGCGCAACCAGCCGAGCUUGCAUCUUUCUGACAACAUGUACGAUGGAACAGGCAAUAGUUCCUCGUCUUCACCACAAAAGAUCAAUACCAUUCCCAACCCGUACCCACCCUAUCCAGCUAAUGGAUGGCUUGUCCCGCCUGACCCCAGCCGGAAUGCGUUUCGAGAGCCCGGAUUUACCUACCAAGACGUCUCUACCGUGGGGUUCCAACCCAAUGUGAACGUGGGCAAAGAGAACCAUAUCGCCCCUCCAAUCCCUCUACGGCUGAAGGAAGCCCAGCCAGUUCAGGCAUCAACAGCGCCCACACAGUCGACUCUUAACUCCGCGCAGACGACACUCCGCGAUCCACGAUUUCCAAGCACACAGGUGUCAUCAACCCCGAAGAAGAUCUCUUCCAACCCGAUUCGAGCGGUCUCAACAAACCGGGUGCCACCGAACGGCCGCCAAAUGGCGAGCCGCGAUGCAGCCGCAAACCACCGAUCCCAGAGACGGCGAGUCGGCGUUAACUUCUCAGAAGUAGCAGCCCACACCGCAAAGUGCGACGUAUGCAACAAGCGCAACAAGAACGGCAUGUCACGCUGCCAGAACUGCGGCUGGCAAGUUUGCCGCAAGUGUCUGGCCGACCGAAACGGAGAUCAUACACACGCUUCCUUUGGAGCUAUUCAUGUCCCCGAGGGGGGUGGCGAUAUGCCGCUAUCUUUGCCAUCCCUAGAUGGGACUCAAGACCGCCUAUCCUCCGAGUCUGCCGAUGUGAGGGCUGCGAAAACCCUGCUGGAUCUCGGAUCUUUUGGUAACGGAACUCCUAGUGCCACCAGCGAUGUGCAAAGUAAUACAGGUGGACAGAAAAUGGCUCCUGCACGUGGCCAGGUCUUGGAGCCGCAGGUCGAUACUUUAUCCACUGAUUCUGAUAUGACCAUGUCGGUUGUGGGAGAUGAGUGGCCCCACGAUGAGUCUGAUAUUCCUAUUGGUGAGGACGGUCUGCCUGUUGGAUACAUCAUAGCACGCCGCAACCCUGCGCGCGCUGCGAGACCUGCUACGAAGUUGGCGGAGUAA